AUGCUGGAAAACACUCCACUGAAACACACUCGCCUUCAAUUACAACUUCUUGUUCGCUUGCUUACACGACGAGAAGAGUGUUUACAUUCACGAAGGACUUUCAGCAAUCUGAAGACAACCUGUAAGGACAGCUGUGAUGUUUGGAGCAAAUAUCUGUAUGCUUUGUGGAGGAGACAUUCAGCUAAAUUAAUGAAGAUUAAAAAUGGUGCAUGUAGAAACUGGAAUGAAUUCAAGGCCGUAGAUGCUGAUUGAACGAACUAACCUGAAGUCAUUAGAGUCUUCAAUGGUUUUUGCAAAUAAUCCUCUCCAGUAUUGGGAAGAGUUGAUCCUGACACUUUCUUCUAUAUCAUUGUAUGAUAUAUAGAAUGUGAGGUCAAGUUUAACUUCACCUGAUCAGUGGAAUCAUACAACUCCGUUGCUGGAGUACUGGUUUCACUGACUAGAGUCUCUGAGAUACAGGUUUAUG